AUGCGCGACGUAGUCGCUCGGUCAUUCGACAUACUGCUCACCGUACAGGUAACUGCAAAGCCGUUCAUCGGGUUUGGACAAGGUGUACUCAGCAACCUGCACAAUUUUACUCCAGUUGGCGUAUCUGAGGAAACUAAAAGAAGGUGCAUAGAACGUUGGUCCAAUAUUAAGGGCUAUAAGAAUUUUCGGAGUGCUAUCACAAAUGCUGCGGUUCUAAUUCCACUCUGCCUUGUUCACAACAUCCCUUCCAUCCUAUUCCUCAGGCGCCCUCUUCACCUACGAUCCCAUCCCGGAGAGAUAGGUUUUCCUGGGGGAAUUUGUGAUCCAAGUGACGAAGGGGAUGUAGUCCGCACAGCACUGCGCGAAGCUCAUGAAGAAGUCGGCCUUCCGCCAGAAUCAGUUGACGUUUGGACCACACUGCCUAGUCUGGAUGCAGGUGUAAGUUGGCGUGUUCGGCAGCUACAUCGAUUCCUUUGUUGUGCACGCAAUGUUGAAGUCUAA